AUGCGGGAGCAGGACGUCGCCCACCCCGCGACGUGGAACUGCUACAUCCGCCUGCCCCUGGUCGGCGUCAGCCCCGACACGCCCCAGUUCCCUCUCGGUCUGCGCGAUGUUCUGUCCCGGCUGGGCCAGGGUCUGGACCAGACUUCGGACAAGGCGACGCUGCAGAGGAAGUCUCUGGUGUGGAUCAAGCUGAUCCUGCUUGUCAAGGAUCUCGACGAGGGUAUCAGGACUGUGCUGGAGCACACAAAGAGCAAGUUGCAGUCAUAG